UGUCCCAUUCUCCCUUGGUCUGUCCAUCUGACCAUCUCAUUCUGACCAAACCAGCGACCGUCCCAUGGGCCGUCCUUUCCCGUACCAGCCGUGAUGCCAGCGGUCAGGGCACUUUAGACAACAUUACUCUGCUGCAAUGGACCGGACCGACAGCAGCGGGACCGAGGAGGAGCAGACCGGAGCUCCUGUCCCCGGACCAGAGCCUGUCCCCCGGGGCCUGUCCUCCAUGUCUGUCCCCCGGAGGAGGCUGGUCCUUCACAUUGACUUGAACCACACGGUGCUCGUUUCGGACGCGGUCACGGGGCUCGGGACCGUCGCGGCGCUGGACGCGUUCCUCCCCGGAGUCACGUGGGGCCGGAUGCACAAAGGUCAGUGGGAGUGGCUAAGUGACGUCCCCUCUCUGCUGCCCCCUUGUGCUGGAGCUGUGAGUUACUACUCUCAGUUCGGUCGCACGCAGCACUUCACCUCCUCGUCCACAGGGAGGCGCUUUAGAGCAGUCUUGGAGGAACAUCUGGAGUUGCUGCGCUGGCCCCCAGACACUGAGGCUGACCCUGACCUGAGCGUGCGAGGGGAGGAUGGGAGACUGUAUCACUGGAUCCUUCCUUCGUUCUUCCAGCUUCUGCUCGACUUGGAUUCUGAACGUUCUGAUUUCGCCAUCGUGUUUCGAACUUUCGGCUCUGACCUGCCCCGAGUGCUCCGAGCCGUGUCCAGAGCGCUCACACACGGACACCCGCUGUUUACCAACCUCACACAGCUCAAGCUGUGUGUGGAUGAGACCCCCGGUAAGCUCCGCUGCAGUGGGAGGGGUGUGGUGGUGUCUCGUGGUCAGGAGGGGGAGGCGGGGGUCAGAGUGUCGUCUUCGGGCAGAGGGGGCGGAGCCAGAGCCCUGUAUCGCUUCUUCAGUUCGGCUCAGGGCGUCUCGGGCUUCCAGGACCAUUUCGACUGGUGGGCGAGGCGUUCUUUCUCUCUUCUCGGGGGGAAGCCAUUGUGGAUCGAUCCGUUUGAUCUCGAGGUGCAGCACAUUUUUAUCGAUGACAACAUCAGACCGAAUGACAAUGACACGAUCGUACAUCCCAUGGUUUUCCUGGAGCCUGGCGGGUCAGAGACUCGCUCCUCCUCGUCCUCUGAGCUCCUGGACGUCUGCCUCGUCCAGACUGACCUCCUCCAGGCCAUAUCUGACCCACGCUACUUCACUCAAAAGAUACAGCAGUGUGUGGAGAACUACCAACAGAACCAAGUGUCAAGCUAAAG